AUGUCUGGAGUCUGGGAUCCUAGUCGGGCUGCAUGGCUGUACCCGCUUUGGGGCAUCUUCUAUUUCGCAUCAAACCGGUUCCUGUGGCCCCUCUUCAAGGCCCGCCUUCUGCCUAUCGUCCUUCUAUCGACGUUCAUAUACUUCAUUCUGUUCUUCUUCACAUACCUGCCUCAGGUUGCCUUCCUUGCUGUCUUCCAGGGCUCCUCAGCAUGGGUGAGCGGUGCAUUCCUGGUACUCGGAGAAGGAGCUGCCAUCGUGGCCGCUCUCUUUGAGGCCUUCUUCGUGGAUGAGACCCUGGUCGACAUCUUUGAUGCUGUACUGGUCAAUGAGGGACAAGAAGAGCUUGUCACCACAUCCCGAGUGAUUUACCCCGAACCUGGUGACCCGGCCAAGCGCCUCGGCACGCCGACUACCAGUGCCAUCUAUUCCCCUUUUUCGCUCCGACAGAUCGCCGAGUUUAUCAUUCUACUCCCGCUUAUUUUUAUUCCGGUUGCUGGUACUCCUAUGUUCCUUGUGCUGACUGGAUAUCGUGCUGGUCCGUUCCACCACUGGCGUUAUUUCCACCUGCUGGACAUGUCCAAGCAACAAAGGAAGGAAAGUAUCAGUCGACGCCAGCUGCAGUAUACCACAUUUGGAACGGUCGCCCUCAUCCUCCAACUGAUCCCACCUUUUUCAAUGUUGUUCUUGAUGACCACGGCUGCUGGGUCGGCACUCUGGGUGACCGAUCUUGAACGCAAGCGACGAGCUGCCACCCAACAGUCAAACCGACUGGGAGAGCAAUACCGUGAUGACAUCAUGCCCUAA